UGUACUACGCCACCGCUGGCUGCGUGGUGGACUCAGCGCGCAAGAAAGCCCCGACAACAGCGCCCAGGAGGCAGAAUCUUUAUCGAAACAGUCUUGUGUCUGCUGUAAAGCAGUGCCUAGGCUGUGUGACGGAGGGACCAUGUUCCGGCUUAUUGCAGAGAGUCUUGUCUUAGAGGCGAACGAAGAUGAAGAGGCACAGAAUAUGCACCCUAUAAGAGUCCCGGAAGAUGACACCAAUCUGCCAGCUGCACAUGGAGCAAUAGGAAUUUCCUGGGGUGAUUUUGGCUUCAUUGAUGAGUCUGCCUUCUUCAUCACUGAUGUGUCUGGCCGUAUGCCUCUGAGCAAUGACCAAAAUGUUGCUCCUUCUUUGGAAGAAGAUGAGGCAGCUCAGGUGAACAUUUUCUGCAAUAACUGCUACCACAGUAGUCCGGCAGAGUACUACAGGAUCUUUUCAAUGCACUGUAUUAGCUCUCAAAUGGGUGGUGCUGACUGCGCUAAACACAUAUGUCGCUUCUCUGUAGACAUUGUUUCUACAGAAUUCGAUCCUUAUCCACAUGACUGUAUGCAAGUUCGGUUUUACAUCCAGCCAACCAUGCAGAGCAGGACAAUCCUGUCAGUGAGGCCUCAUAGACACAGGCACGUUCGUGAGGUGCUCAUUACUAGUGUACAUGGAAGAAACGGGGUGAUAGAUGAUGCCAUCUUCUUCACCUUGGAUUCUCUGAUACUUCCUGAUGGAUACGUGCCUCAAAUCCUUGAUGUCGUCAAUGCUGUGGUAGUGGAGAGUGUUCAUGCAGGCUAUAUUUGGAGAGCAGUUUCUAUCAGCCCUGAGGAAACAGAGUAAAAGCACAACUCGUUUAUUCUCUGUGCAUCCUUUCUUCCAUGGGUAGUACAGGGCCUAUUGCAAAGUUUUUUUGAAAAAAAAAGAAAUGAGUAAACGUCAGUAACCACUUCUUAGACAAGUUUUCAAGUCCUGAGUUUUUAGACUACAUUUUCUGUGUGUUCUUGAGAUUGUUCAUCGUUUUUCAUCAUUAAAUAA